CCUAGAGAAACCUCCAUCACUCUCUAAACGGAAAAUCGAAGAACAUGGAGGAGCACGACAUCGAUGACAGCGAGCAGAAGCUUGAAGCGGAGGUAGCUCCGGCGUUAAUUGCGGUCCAUCCCAAUCAAAAAUCCGUAUCUGUCGCCGUCGGCUCGGAUCUCCGUGUUUUCAAUUUCCAACAUGGUUCUGCAGCUCAAUUAUUGGAUGAAACCGGGGGGCACAAAGACUCCAUUCGCUCCAUCCGAUACAGUAAAAGCGGGAAGCUUUUUGUGUCGGGUGGAGAUGAUAAGCUUGUGAAAGUUUGGGAUACUGAUUCGUGGCGCUGUGUUUAUUCAGUAGUUUCGGAGAAGAGAGUGACCUCUCUUGCAGUAAGUGGUGAUGAUAAGUUUGUGACUUUUGCGGAUAAGUUUGGUGUCGUUCAUGUCGUGGAUAUAGGAGACUAUAAUGAAGAGAAUCUAGCUCCGGUUGAUAAGAAGGCUGUCCCAAUCCUUUCACAUUAUUGUAGCAUUAUUACUCGACUGGAUUUUUCACCAGAUGGGCAGUAUAUUAUUAGUGCUGAUCGUGACUUCAAAAUUCGUGUAACUAAAUUUUCCAAGGAGUGCUUAAAAGGAGCUCAUGAGAUACAAUGUUUUUGCCUUGAUCAUACUGAGUUUGUUUCCUGCCUUGCGUUUUUCAGUAGUCGGGAUCAUGCACAAGGCCUAUUAGUCUCUGGCAGUGGUGAUUCAACAGUUCGACUGUGGGAUUAUGCCUCUGGUUCUCUGCUGGAUACAUGUGAGCUUGGAACUAAGGCAGGACUUUUAAAUUCUAAUCUAAAGGAAGAGGAGGUGUUACCCGCUGUAACCGAUCUCUGCGAGACUUCUGAUGGCUCGCUAGUUGCAGCUGCUAUUCAGAACUUGCAAGGGAUAAUGCUGUUAAGAUGCAACUUUUCUGCGAGGAGUCUCACCAUUGCAAAAGUGGUCCCUGUUGCAGGAGAGACAUUCAUUCCCACAAGUAUUGCUGCUGCCUCUUCAGUCCCAUUGUUGUGGAUGGUCAUGGGUGCCUCCAGCUUAAGUGCUACUGAUUCUGCACUCUUAGCUCGCGUCAGAGUUAUUUCUGGGUUAGGUACUGACCAUUCAGAAUCUGUUGUUCCUGAGUCUUUGGUCAUAGAAGAUAAAGAGAUACCCGGAGGAGAGCCCCUACUUCAAGCGUUGCAAGGAAAAUUGACAAUAGGUGAAGAAGGAUUCUCAACAGCUGCUGAAGCAGUCAAAACAGCAAUGCGCAAUUUGCUGAUCAAGAAGCAAUAUUCAGCAGAGAGACGGGGUUUCAGAAAACGGGGACGAAAUGAUAAGAAGAAUCAAGCGUAGUCAAGUUUCUCACUGCCCUCUCAUGGAUUUUCAUGGUAAUGUUGUAGUAUAUGAAUGAAUCCAUUGAUUAAGUGUUAUGGAAUCGAUGUUUUCUUUAUGAUUCUGUAGCAUGCCCUAAAUCUUGGAGUUAGAAUAUUUACUUUUUUUAUUUUUUUUAUUUUGCCAGUUAAGAUACAAAUUGGAGUUUUGAACGUAAUCCAAAAUAACUUAUAUGCAGCGCAAUGUUGUUAUCCUUCUCCAUUUCCUUUUA